GUGACACCCCAUGCCCAUACAUUACCCACUCUACUCAUUAUGACCGCAAACGCAAAGAGCAUCCACAACAAUGCGGACGAGAAAGGCUACUUCAAUCGCCAGGUCAGCUCCUUCCGUGACGCAAUUCAGCCCGGCGGGCAGUUUCCUCCAGAGAAGGGGCGGUACCAUCUUUAUGUCGCUUUGGGUUGCCCCUGGGCCCAUAGAUCUCUCAUUGUUCGCCGGCUGAAGGGCCUCGAGGACUUUAUUGACAUCUCCAUCGUUCACCCCCACUUACACGAAGGCGGAUGGCACUUUGUUACCCCUGAAGCUGCUGCUAACCCUGCUCCCGUCUCCCAGCACUCGGAUGACUCUUUCCCCGGUGCGACGCAAGAUCACCUCUUUGGUUUCUCCCACCUUUCGAAAAUCUACUACAAGGCCAAUCCCGACUACAAUGCCCGUUUCACAGUCCCUGUCGUCUGGGACAAAAUUGCGGGCACUAUUGUGAACAACGAGUCUAGCGAAGUCAUCAGGUUCUUCAACACCGGUUUCAAUGAAUUGCUUCCCGAAGGAAAGGCCAAGAAUCUGGACCUUUACCCGGAAGAGCUGAGGGGGGAGAUUGACGAACUGAAUGAAUGGGUGUACCACGAUAUCAACAAUGGCGUGUACAAGAGUGGUUUUGCGACUACCCAAGAGGCUUAUGAAAAGGCUGUAAUUCCUUUGGGCAAGGCAUUGGAGAGGAUCAACGAGCGAUUGAGUGACGGCAGGGAAUUCCUUGUUGGUGGAAGGUUAACAGAAGCCGACGUGAGGCUGUAUACCACCAUCGUCAGAUAUGAUCCCGUUUACUACAGUCACUUCAAGUGCAACACUGGAUUGAUCCGACAUGACUAUCCUCAUAUCAAUCGAUGGCUCAAGAACCUUUAUUGGAAUUACCCGGCCUUCAAGGAUACCACCAAUUUCGACCACAUCAAGGACCUUUAUUGGUACUCUCAAGUCAACCUUAACCCUACCCGAAUUGUUCCUAUUGGGCCCAAGCACAAUGUUGAACCUCUUUAGACAGCCAGCAGAAAAUUGAUGAAGGUUAACGGAGCACGGAAGAAGGAAAAAUAGGGAGACCUUGUCACCCAAAAAGAAAAUGCAAUUAAUUAUGAUU